CUUGUCAGUGGAUCUGGAGUCAGAACUCUGCAAGAAGACUUCUAUAGAGAGCAGUUUCUUGGAACCCUUAGUCGUCGUCUUAGAGUUGGCUUCUUGAUUUGAAAGGUGACAUGUCAGCAGCAGUGCCAAAUGUUACAUUGAAAAUUGAUCCUCAGGAUCUUCAGAUCCAGACAUUUACAGUGGAGAAGCUGUUGGAACCAUUGAUAAUUCAGGUUACCACAUUAGUGAAUUGUCCACAAACCCCUUCUAAUAAGAAAAAAGGAUGUUCCAAAAGAGCCCGUGUCCUCUUAGCUUCUGUGGAAAAAGCCACUUGGAAUCUAUUGGACAAAGGGGAGAAAAUUGCAAAGGAAGCCAUUGUAUUUAAGGAGGAACUUAAUGCAGCACUUAAUGAUGUUCGUAAAGAAAGUGAAGCUUUAAGUGCAUCAGCAAGGGAAUUUACCAAUGAUCCCUGUUAUCUGCCUAAAAGGAAAGCUGUUGUUCAAGCAGCACGCUUCCUUCUGGCUGCUGUCACUAGACUUCUGAUUCUGGCAGACAUGAUUGAUGUGGUAUACCUAUUGCAACAUUUAACAGUGUUUCAAAGAACAUAUGAGUCUCUACGAAACGUGUCUAGUAAAUCUGAACUACAGAAAACCUACCAGAAGCUUGGGAAAGAUCUGGAAAAUCUAGAUUAUUUGGCCUACAGACGUCAACAGGAUUUGAAAUCUAGCAAUCAACGAGAUGAAAUUGCAGCAGCACGUGCUUCUCUGAAGGAAAAUUCGUCUCUUCUACAUUCAAUUUGUUCAGCUUGUUUGGAACAUUCAGAUGUUGCAUCUCUCAUAGCCAGCAAGGACUCAAUUUGCAAUGAAAUACAGAGCGCUCUCAAUGUCAUUUCUAAUGCUUCUCAAGGAAUUAGUAAUCAAAGGGUUCAUCCUACGUCUCAUUCAGCUAUGCUAGGAAGUGCACUUGAUGAGCUUGAGAGUUUAAUCAUAUUGGAUCCACUUACAAUGAAUGAAGAAAAAAUAAGGCCAUCACUAGAGAAACGUUUGGAAGGGAUUAUCAGUGGGGCAGCACUGUUAGCUGACUCUUCCUGCACGCGUGACUUUCAUCGAGAACAAAUAAUCGCAGAGUGCAACGCCAUCCGCCAAGCUCUCCAAGAUCUUCUGUCUGAAUACAUGAAUAAUGCUGACAAGAAAGAAAAGAGUAAUGCCCUGAAUAUUGCAAUAGAUAAUAUGUGCAAGACGACAAGAAACCUUCGCAGACAGCUUCGGAAAGCUAUUAUAGAUCAUGUCUCAGAUUCCUUCUUGGAUACCACUAUUCCACUUCUAGUUCUCAUUGAGGCUGCUAAAAAUGGAAGAGAAAAGGAAAUAAAGGAAUAUGCUGCUAUAUUUCGAGAACACACCAGCAGGCUUGUGGAGGUGGCUAAUCUUGCUUGUUCACUAUCAACUAAUGAAGAUGGAAUUAAAAUUGCCCAAAUGGCAGCUAAUCACAUAGAGACUUUGUGCCCACAGGUUAUUAAUGCAGCUUUAGCUCUUGCUGCCAGACCAAAAAGCCAGGUGGUAAAAAACAGCAUGGAAAUAUAUAAGAGCACAUGGGAGAAUCGCAUACAUGUUCUUACUGAAGCUGUGGAUGACAUUACAAGCAUUGACGAUUUUCUUGCUGUAUCAGAAGGCCACAUUCUGGAGGAUGUAAACAAGUGCAUCCUUGCACUGAGAGAACAGGAUGCUGAUGAUUUAGAUCGUGCAGCCGGUGCCAUCCGAGGGCGUGCUGCAAGGGUGGCUCAUAUUGUCUCUGGUGAAAUGGAUAGUUAUGAGCCUGGGGUUUACACUGGAGGAGUGAUGAAAAAAGUUCAGUAUUUGACAAAUACUGUGAUUCCAGAGUUUGUUACUCAAGUCAAUAUUGCACUGGAGAGCUUAAGCAGGAACACAAUGCAUCAGUUUGAUGACAAUCAGUUUGUGGACAUCUCAAAGAAGGUCUAUGAUACAAUUCAUGACAUCAGAUGUUCAGUCAUGGUGAUUCGGACGCCAGAGGAAUUGGAAGAUAUAUCGGACCUUGAAGAAGAUUAUGAUGCACACAGUCGUACCAGUGUUCAAACUGAAGGGAAAACUGACAGGGCUAAAAUGACUCAACUGCCAGAGGCUGAAAAAGAAAAGAUAGCUGAGCAAGUGGCUGACUUCAAGAAAGUCAAAAGUAAGCUUGAUGCAGAGAUUGAAAUAUGGGAUGAUACCAGCAAUGACAUCAUUGUUUUGGCUAAGAGGAUGUGUGUGAUUAUGAUGGAGAUGACAGACUUCACAAGGGGUAGAGGCCCACUGAAGAAUACAUCUGAUGUGAUUAACGCAGCAAAGAUGAUUUCAGAGUCUGGAUCCAGGAUGGAUGUGCUGGCACGACAGAUUGCCAACCAGUGUCCUGACCAAUCAUGUAAACAGGAUGUAUAUGCUUACCUGGAACAGAUCAAGCUCUAUUGUCACCAGCUCAAAAUCUGCAGUCAAGUUAAAGCAGAAAUCCAGAAUCUCAGUGGAGAGCUCAUCGUGUCUGCUUUGGAUAGUGUCACUUCACUAAUUCAGGCUGCCAAAAACUUAAUGAAUGCUGUGGUGCAGACAGUGAAGAUGUCCUAUAUUGCCUCCACUAAGAUCAUCAGAAUUCAAAGUCCUACUGGCCCACGACAUGCUGUUGUGAUGUGGAGGAUGAAAGCUCCAGAAAAGAAGCCCCUGAUUAAAAGAGAGAAGCCAGAGGAAAUCUAUGCAGCUGUCAGAAAAGGUUCUGCUAAGAAAAGGAUCCAUCCUGUUCAAGUUAUGAGUGAAUUUAGAGGAAGAGAAAUAAUCUAAAAUUACUAUCCUGCCACUGUGCACAUUUCAUACCUUGUAACUGCUCACAUGGCAUCUUUAUUUUUCCACCUGUUUAAGUCUAUAAGUAUGCUAAUGUUUGGAAAUUCUCUUCUUUUGUAUGUUUAACAUUAACUGUAGGGUAUUUCAUCUUUUAAAAAAGAUAUUUAAAAUGCAUAUUUGAUUAGUUAAUGGUACACAAUUUAAAAUAAUGUUUUAAAAAAUCAUCUUAUUUUAUUGCUCACUCUCUUUACAAUGCCUUUUUUUUUUUUGCAGCUGAGCAUUUUGAAUGAUAGGUUAGGAUGCUGUGUUAUAAUAAGAGUUAGCUUUCAUAUAAUUGAAAGGCAAAGAACAAGGAGUCAAAUUCAUCCCUGGUGUAACUCUCUUGACUUCAGUGGGGUUACACCAGAGAUGAAUGUGGCCUGACAGUUUUAUAUUCAGAGCACUUUAUGACAUACAGGCUUCUAUGGGUAGUAUAUAUUGUGCCACCUCCUUAGCUGGCAUAAAUCAAAAGAAAUGUACUAAGUUACACCACAUAGGGAUCUAGCCCAUUCACUUAUCUAAAUUGAAAGACAUUUUAAAAGAUUUUUUCAUAAACGUUAGAUAUAAGCAAAAAUGGAAUAAAAGUUUUAAAAUAUUUGGCAGAACAAAAGAUGGAUUGUAACAAUGUGGGUUGUAAUAAUAAAAUAGAGCUGGUUGUAAUGAAACUA